AUCUACAGUAACUUUUCUUUGCCUCGUCUCGCAGUCUUUCCAGUAUCGUACCACGUCAAGGGCAGAAGGAAACCCACCUCAAAAAUCAGAAAAAAUCCCCAAUAAAAAUCCCAUAAAACAUGUAGGCGGUCUCUAUUUCCAUAAGCAUGCUUCGUACGCAGGAGGGAUCCAUCUAGAUCUGAAGAGAAUCCCCACACGGUCGGACCGCUCAUAGUAACGAAGCAGCAUGGAAGCUGAAGCUCUGGCAGCUGAGUCCAGCGUGGACAAGUCGCUCACCAAAGAUGAAGCCUUCAAGAACGCUGUUCUGGCCGCAGAGCUGUACAUGAAAGCCGUCAAGCAGGCCAGCAAUGAUCACGAGAGGAAGAGGCUCCGUGCCAGGUGCGAGCGUUUACUCUCAAGAGCUGAGGAGAUCAAAAAGACUGCGCACUGGGAGCCGUCCAAACGCCUCGCGGUCGUCCUCAAAGCCCCGUUGUCAGAAAGGCCGAUCACUAGGAGCGAGGAGAUCAUUUUGCUCGAGGGAUCAAAGCUCUAUGGCUGUAUCUUUCCUCCCUGGACAACUGAUCCCGAGGACUCUAUAUUUGACCAAGACGACGAUUUAUAUACAGAUCCAGUAGAUCUAAAAUUAUCGGACGCCCAGAAAGAGAUAUUCGCCGGAUGGAGAAGGCCAAACGAGAGGUUUGGCCUCCCUUCAGACGGUAAUCACGCUGCGGAAGCUGGUCAUGAUGCACUUCUAAUGGAUGCUGCUCAUGAAAUUGAUCUGGUUCAGGACAUAACAACCGACUGUUCUGUCGUAGCCAGUCUCUGUGCCGUUACAGCGCGCGCUUCGAAAGGUCAUGGCAAGCUGCUUGCCUCUAUAGUCUACCCUUAUGAUAAGUCCAACCUUCGGCCCCGGGUUUCCAAGAGCGGCAAAUAUAUAUUUCGUCUCCAUUUCAAUGGGUGUUUUAGAAAGGUAACCAUUGAUGAUCGACUUCCGUCUUCAAAUUCGGCACGUCGUCUCCACGUGAUAGAUCGAAGAAACCCUCAGCUACUCUGGCCCGCACUGGUCGAAAAGGCUUAUCUGAAGGUGAGGGGUGGCUACGACUUUCCGGGCUCUAAUUCUGGCACAGACCUGUGGGUGUUGACCGGUUGGAUUCCUGAGCAAGUAUUCCUUCAAAGUGAUGAUUUACAGCCCGACCAGGUGUGGAAUCGGGUCUUAAAAUCAUUCGGAUUCGGAGAUGUCAUGGUGACAUUGGGAACGGGGAAACUGAGCUGCAAAGAAGAGAAAGAACUGGGUUUGGCUGGUGAACAUGACUACGCCGUCCUAGACAUGAAAGAGACUGGUUCGCAGCGCUUGCUCCUGAUCAAGAACCCAUGGUGUGACGGCAUGGUGUGGAAAGGAUCCCGUAUAGAAACACAAGAUGAGUCGUCGUCGGAGCAAGCUUGGACAAGGGACCUCAGGGAGGCACUUCCACAAGAGUCACCAACCACUCCUGGGACCUUCUGGAUGAGCUUCGAAAACGUCGUGCAGCACUUUGAGUCUCUCUACCUCAACUGGAAUCCAGGACUUUUCCGAUGUCGACAAGAUCACCACUUUUCAUGGACUCUCCCUGCGAUGAAGAACCCUGGCUCCUUUACGCACAACCCCCAGUACACGGUGAGAUCUGAUGUUAAAGCAACGGUAUGGAUCUUACUCAGUCGGCAUUUCGCUACGGCGGAACACGAUAUUGUGAAGGGGAAGUCCUUUACCUUGGCGGAUGCCUCUGGCGCCCUCGGCUUCAUCAGCCUCUAUGUGUUCAAGGCAGAUGGCCGCAGAGUUUACCUGAGCGAUGAUGCCUUUCAACGCGGAGCAUUCGUCGAUUCCCCCCAGACUCUGGCGCGCCUUGAAAUGUCUCCAUCCACACCAUAUACCGUGGUCGUCGCACAACAUGGUCUCCCUCUGCCCAAAUACUCCUUUACACUCUCAAUAUUCUCACGAGUACCACUCACGGCUCACCCCGCAGUCGAUUCUCUAUCUCACUCUAUAACCCAGAAAGGAUCAUGGACCGUUCGUACCGCCGGCGGAAACGCAAGCGCCCCGUCCUACCCUACAAACCCACAGUUCAGUAUCUCCAUCCCCUCCACCACCGACAUUACUCUUCUUCUCGAGAGCGAGAAACAGGAACUGGCCGUGCAUGUAAAGAUGGUCUGGGCCCGCGGAGAACGCGUCACGGCCGUCACGGCGCGAGACAUACUCGGCGGCUCCGGCGAUUAUCGACGCGGUUGCGCCCUGGCUACCAUACGCAACGUCGCGGCCGGGAAAUAUACGAUUGUCUGCUCUACAUUUGAGGCAGGGCAGACUGGGGAUUUCACGUUGCGGAUCGGCGCCAUGGUGCCGUGUGAGGUUAAGCCCAUAUUAGCAGAGGAGGCAGGACGUCUGAGUCUACGGCUCCCGGUCCUGGUCUUUCAGGAUGGCGUUGAUAGGAUGCUAGCCCCCUUGGUGACGACGAGGAUAACGAGACUCAGGAUUGUUGCGCGGUGUAGGAGUGGCGGGGUGAGGUCGAGACCUUUGCUAAAGGUUUCCCUGGAAAGGGGUCAAGGACCUAACAAGACGAUUCUGGAUGUCUCUGAGAAUGGCGAGUUCAGUGAUGCGCCUACGGGGAUCAGAACAGCGGACCUUGAUGUAAGUCCUGGUAUGAGCCACACUGGGGGACUGUGGGUAGUGGUUGAACGCCUUGGUGGAAGGUUUAGUUUAGAUAGUGUGGACGUGGAGAUCUUGAGUGAUAGUCCGCUUCAAGUGGGUGUUUGGGGAACUGGAGAUGGUUAAACUCUGCAAACCUCGAACGCGGAGUAUGGUUAAUCAUGAAAUUUGUUUUGAUUGUGAAUGGUAGCCAGGUAUGGAUGAACGAGAUAUUGUAUCUCAGGCCAAUGACGGUUGAUAUGCAACUUGAAGC